UACAAUGAUCAACAAGAAAUGAUAACACUUCGAGCAGUUGUGACAGAAUCAAUGGCCAUGGCAAAAUUAAAAAGAAUAUGCAGUUGCUUUGGCAAAAGGGAGAGCGUAGGGAAUGUUGGGAAUUGCUUAAUUAGCAGCACUGUGAUGCAGCCAAGUAUCUCUCACCCUAGUGGACAGUUCUAUCCAACAAUGAAGUGAUUCGGUCUUUCUCUGCCUCUGUCUUUUUCUGUAUGGUGUUAGGACAGCAACGUUAGAUUUAUAGUAAAUGAUGUUCAAAAUUAGAGUAGACAAAACAUUAUAUUCACUUAAGUACUUAAUAAAUCUUAUCAAAUCAC